AUGGACUUAAUUGGAGAAAUUAUUGAAAAGGAGAUUGAACCUCCAAAGGUACCACAACCGGUACCACAACCUGAUCCCAAAUCAUUCAAGAAAUCAAGAUUUGCCAUGAGGAGUAAAAGACCCGAAACGAAAGCAGUGCCCGCAAAAGCAACAGUGGUAGAUAAUAGUAGUUUGAGUGAAUCAGAAAAGAUUCAUAAAGAAAACGUCGAUAAAUUAGCUAAGAUGAGUGAAGCAGAGAUUACCCAAGAACAGCAGGAACUUUUGUCAACAUUAAACCCCAAAUUAAUCGAAAGUUUAAUGAAAAGAGCCGAGAAGAAAGAGAAAGCAGAUAAAUCUCAUCAUACUCAUGAUCACGACGAUCAUCAUGAUCAUCAACACGCUGAAGGAUAUGAUGGAUGGAUAGGAGGUAUGAAGACGGCAGAAGGAAUUAAAGACUUAUCUCAUUUGAAUGAAAAAGAAAUAACUAAAGCUUUAGGAAUUGAAGAAUCUAAUAAACCAAAGAAGAAAGUCACUUUCAAUAAUGUAGCCACGGUGAACUAUGAAGAGUUACCUGAAGAUGCAGAAAUCAAUGAAAAAGAAUGGGAAGAUGUUGAAGAUGUACAACAGUUAAUGACAAACUCUAAUGCCAAUGAAAUUGCUCCUGCUGAUUAUCAAUUAGUUAAUGAAGACGAUGAGGAAGAAAAUGAUGAAGUUCAUUUCCCCAAACCCAAAACCAAAACUGAAGAAUUCAAAGAUUUAGAUUUGAACGACCCCAAGUUUUAUGAUAAAUUACAUGAAAAGUAUUAUCCUGAUUUACCCAAAGAAACUUCAAAGUUAGCAUGGAUGACACAACCAAUGCCUCAACAAAGAUCCACUACUUAUGAUUCAAUAACGGACAUGAGAUUCGAUUUCCAGGGUAAUUUAAUAGAAUUGAAAACUGAUGAUGAUGUACCUUCAUACUUGGGAUUACACCAUCAUUCAGAAAAUCCUCAUUUACCAGGUUAUACUUUGAAAGAAUUGAGCCAUUUAUCUAGAUCCACAGUACCAGGACAAAGAUGUUUAAGUAUUCAAAUGCUUGGUAGAAUCUUACAUAAAUUAGGACUCCAUAAAUAUAACAUCUUGCCCAUUGAAAAUGAUGACGAAACCUUCAAUCAAAGUAUUAAAGUAGUUGUUAAAGAGUUUGAAAAAAUGAUGUGGGAAGUGGUUGAAAAUUUAAGAAUUAUUGAAAAUAUUCAAGAAGCUGCUGAUGAAAAGACAAAGAAUUUGUCAGUUAGAAAUUAUGCUAUUGAAGCUUUAUGGUUAUGGAAACAAGGUGGAGGUAAGCCAGAAUAUGACGAGGAUGAUGAAAUCUCCAAACUCAUGUAA